UAACAUUUUAGUUCACCAUCCAUAUCCCUUCCUGUGAUGAACACUCCCUCUGAAACACAGAAGAAAACCAUCAUAGAUGCCUGGGACUAUAAAGGUCAUCCAGCCCAGAGGUCCAAAACUGGUGGUUGGGUUGCUGCCGCCAUGAUUUUAGGAGUGGAAGCAAGUGAGAGGUUAACGACAAUGGGCGUUGCCGUGAAUCUGGUGACAUAUUUAACUGGCACCAUGCAUUUGGGCAGUGCUAAUUCUGCCAACACGGUCACCAACUUCAUGGGAACAUCUUUCAUGCUCUGUUUAUUCGGUGGUUUUGUAGCUGACACUUUUAUCGGCAGAUACCUCACUAUUGCCAUCUUCGCAGCGGUUCAAGCAACUGGUGUUACAAUAUUGACAAUAUCAACCAUAGUCCCAAGCCUGCAUCCUCCAAAAUGUGUAAGAUCUGCUACGAGACGUUGCGAGCCCGCAAGCAACAUGCAGCUAUUGGUGCUCUACCUAGCUCUUUACACCACAUCCCUUGGCAUUGGUGGGUUGAAAUCCAGUGUGUCAGGGUUUGGCACCGAUCAGUUCGAUGAAUCAGACAAAGGGGAGAAAAAUCAGAUGAUAAAAUUCUUCAACUGGUUCGUGUUCUUCAUAAGUUUGGGGACUCUGACAGCAGUUACCGUUCUGGUGUACAUUCAAGAUCACAUAGGGAGGUAUUGGGGUUAUGGGAUAAGUGUGUGCGCUAUUCUGGUGGCACUUACGGUGUUCUUGUCUGGUUCAAGGAGGUACCGCUUCAAGAAACUGGUGGGGAGUCCCCUGACGCAGAUUGCGAUGGUGUUGGUCGCAGCUUGGAGGAAGAGGCACAUGGAAUUGCCCUCUGAUGCGUCCUUGUUGUUCAACUUGGAUGAUGUUGCAGAUGAAACUCUCAGAAAGCAGAAGCAGAUGUUGCCCCAUAGCAAACAGUUCAGGUUCUUGGACAAGGCAGCAAUCAAGGACCCAAAAACAGAUGGCCAAGAAAUCACCAUGGAGAGGAAGUGGUAUCUCUCAACCCUAACAGACGUUGAAGAAGUUAAAAUGGUACAGAGAAUGCUACCCGUGUGGGCCACCACCAUCAUGUUUUGGACUAUCUACGCCCAAAUGACAACGUUCUCGGUAUCACAGGCCACCACCAUGGACCGGCACAUCGGAAACUCCUUCCAAAUUCCCGCAGCAUCACUUACAGUCUUCUUUGUGGCAAGCAUUCUCCUUACAGUCCCCAUCUACGACCGCAUCAUUGCUCCCAUAGCCAAAAAAGUAACAAAAAAUCCACAGGGACUAACCCCUUUGCAACGCAUGGGCGUAGGGUUGGUGUUUUCAAUCUUUGCCAUGGUGGCUGCAGCACUCACUGAAAUAAAACGCCUGAGAGUGGCAAGUGCUCACGGUUUAACACACAAACACAAUGCUGUGGUUCCCAUAAGCGUGUUCUGGUUGGUCCCACAGUUCUUCUUUGUGGGGUCGGGAGAGGCCUUUACAUACAUAGGGCAGCUAGAUUUUUUCCUGAGGGAGUGUCCAAAGGGGAUGAAGACUAUGAGUACAGGAUUGUUCUUGAGCACGUUGUCUUUAGGGUUUUUUCUUAGUUCCUUGUUGGUAACUUUGGUGCACAAGGCCACGCGUAACCGUGAACCAUGGCUUGCGGACAACCUUAAUGAGGGGAAACUGCACCACUUCUACUGGUUACUGGCGGUGCUGAGUGGUGUGAAUUUGGUGGUGUAUUUGUUUUGUGCAAAGGGCUAUGUUUACAAGGACAAGAGGCUCGCAGAAGCAGGCAUAGAGUUGGAGGAAGCUGGCACUGUUUCCCAUGCUUAGCUUUGAAUCUAAGUUUAACUUCUUAAUAGGCCUGCUAUACAAUAUACUAAGCAAAAUUUGAAAUCAACUAAUCAAAUGUAUCCAUGUCACUGCUUCAAAAAUUCAAUAAAAAGAGGAGAGGUGUUUAAUA